UAAAGCGUUCAAUGCAAAGCUAGUUGAUUGUUAACAAUUAUCGAAUGAAAGUGAAAUUAAUAAAAUCAAAAACAGUAUCAAGAAUUUAAAAUUCAGGAAAAAAAUGGAACUAUCGACUGUGACAUACUAUUUAAUUAUUUCAGUGACUUUGAUUUAUUUUUUCUCAAAAUACAAAUUUUCUUACUGGAGUAAAAAGAAAGUGUUAUACCCAGAACCAACUUUUCCCUAUGGAAAUUUAAAACAAACAUUAAAAGAAAACGUACCUUUCAGUUCUAUAAUUUCUCAAAGUUAUGAUAAAGCCAAAAGUAAAGGUCACAAGUUUUUCGGUGUAUACAAAUUCUGGAUUCCAUCGUUUGUACCAGUCGAUUUGGAUUUGAUAAAAUUGAUUUUACACAAGGAUUUCACCUAUUUUACCGAUCGUGGUGUGUUUGUGGAUGAAGAAAAUGACCCACUAACGGGAAAUUUGUUUAACUUACAAGAACACAAGUGGAGGAAUAUGAGGCAAAAGUUAACUCCAACAUUUACUUCAGGUAAAAUGAAGAUGAUGUUCCAAACGAUGGUGGUAUGUACCAAACAUCUAGACGAAAUCUUAAAAGAAUAUGCAUCUAUAAACGAACCUGUAGAAUUUAAAGAUCUACUAGCCCGAUUCACUACAGACAUCAUCGGAAACGUAGGAUUUGGUAUUGAGAUCAACAGCAUGAAAGAUCCCGAUUCGGAAUUCAGAAAGGAAGGAAUUAAAGCAUUUGAAUUCUCUAUUAGUGCAAAAAUUAAGUUAUUCCUUAUCAUGGUGUUACCACCAUGGCUUUUAAAAAAGUUUAACAUAUCAUUCCAUUCCGCCAAAAGCAUAAAUUUCUUUAUAAAUCUAGUAGAAAAAACCGUAGCUUAUAGAGAGAAAAAUAACGUUUUUCGAAAAGAUUUCAUUCAUUUGAUGAUACAGUUGAAAAAUUUCGGACGAGUUACUGAUUUAGACGAAAGCACUUUGAUGAAUAAAGAGAAACCAAGUGUUGAAGGUAUCACGAUAAACGAAAUGGCUGCACAGGCGUUCGUUUUCUUUUUAGCAGGCUUCGAAACAUCUGCCACAACUAUGACUUUCGCUCUUAUAGAGUUAGGACAAAAUAUGGAUAUCCAGGAAAAAGUUAGAGAGGAAAUAAAGAGGAUCAUUGAAAAAUAUAAUAAUGAAAUAACUUACGAUGGGAUAAUGGAAAUGGAGUAUCUUGAAAAAGUCGUUUCAGAAACACUUAGAAAACAUCCACCUCUUCCUCUAAUACCACGCACUUGCACCAAGGACUAUAACAUUCCAGGUACUGAUGUGGUAAUAGAAUCUGGUACUACUGUUGAAAUUCCUACUCUAUCUAUUCAAAGGGAUCCAGAAUAUUAUCCAGAUCCAGAUAAAUUUGAUCCAGAAAGAUUCAACGCGGAAAAUAAGGCGAAUAGACAUCCCUAUGCGUAUAUACCUUUUGGAGAAGGACCUAGAAUUUGUAUAGGAGUAAGACUUGGAAAACUGCAAGUUAAAGUUGGACUGUGUUCAAUUCUAAGCAAAUACCGAAUAACUAUUAACAAAAAAACUGCAUUACCGAUCAAAUAUAAUCCUGGAUUAAUUUCUACAGUAAAAGGAGGAGUGUAUUUAAAUUUGGAAUCUGUAUAAUAGAAAAUAAUUUUUUAAUAUAGUAUUAUUCGUAUUUUUU